AUGGCGGCGGCCCAGCGGGACUCGGCGGAGCCCGCGGCGCUGGAGCGGCAGAACCUCCUGGCACAGCAGCAGCUGCGGCGGCACGGCAAGGAGCGGGCCCGGCUCCCCCUGCACCGGCUGCUGGUGACAGCGCGGCUGGGCGAGGCGGCGGCGGAGGAGGUGGCAGGUUAUCACAGAAGAUUGUUUGAAUAUGCCUCAAAGCACAACUCAAGAGAACCAGUCUCAGGUCUGCUACUUCUCUGUUCCAGCUAUGUUCUUCAUGUAGUGGAGUCUUGCAGCAGCACAAUACAUCUUAUCAUCCGAGAUCUAGCUUCUCUCCAAGAUCAAGGUCCCAGUGCUUUACUUCAGGACAUUAAAGUUGCAGUGGUAGCACAUAACAUCCCCACCAGACUGUUCCCAGACUGGUAUGUGAGAGUGGUGACAUCUCCUGUGACACAACCACAAGACACAACAGAGUCACAGCCUGCAGAAGGGACAGUCACAGAGUGCCUUAAUCUCCUGUUCAGAGUGGCAGCCUGCACACCAAAACCUGCCGAGGAUGACAGCGAGGAUGCGACCGACAGUCCACACACUCUUGCACCCAAGCUGCUGAUCCCGGCAGAGACAAUUAGCCGUUUGUGCAGAGCCGAAGAAUGUGCAAGCCCAGGAGACUUCCUGAGAAUGUAUCUAAGUCCUUUACAACUUGCCCUGGAUUCAGAAACAGUAUGGCCCGUUCCCUCCCACUUCUCUGCAUGAUCCAGGCUGUGCCCAGCGCUUCUCCCGGCGGUUCCGAGGGAUCCCCGCGUGACAGAAGUGGCACGUUCAGUCCCAGGCCACGUCUUCUGCAGCCCGUGAAAGAAGAGCACGCGGAGCAGGCAGCGCCCCGCUAGCUGCGGAGCCCCGGGGAGGAGCACACGGCCUCCAGGGCAGAACUUUGCUCCUGACCGAGUGCGAACCACGGGUGCUCCGUGUGCACGCCAAUAAACAGGCCUCAG